GUGUUCGGUCCAUCAUUGGAAGAUCUGGCGGCCUUUUGGGCUCUCAUCUAAUCUACACAAUCUGACUCUUUAAACCUUUCUCUUUUGUCUCUACUCUCUCGCUCUCACAGUCUCACUCUCUCACGCAUUUCCUUUCGAAUCAUCAUCGAUGUCUAAGCUCAGGAAUUUGUCAUUGGAGCUUCCCCCACACGACGUCGUAUUCGAGAUACUGACUCGGCUACCAGUGAAAUCCUUGAUCCGAUUCAGACUGCCCGAGAAUAUUGGUGACAUACAAGAUUUCCAACUUGCGGUGUUCAAGGGAUCUUUGGCUCUAAUUGCUUCUGGUAUUGCUCGAUUUGAAGAUUUUCGAGCUACAUAUACAUGCGUCGUAUGGGUGAUGAGACGGUAUGGUGUGGUUGAGUCUUGGACAAAAAAAACUAUAGCAGUCAAGCCAGGCGGCCCACUCCAGAAAUUCUUGGGUUGCACUGACAGUGGUCAACUUCUAUUUUUUCAUAUGUCAGGAAGGAUUGUUUCUUAUGACCCUGAGUCAGGGAGUCGGAACCAGAGCAAUAUUGGAAUUCCACAUCCUUACUGGCUGGGCUACACAACUGAUCUUAUGGAGAGCCUGGUUUUACUUGAUCACAAAUAAAAUGUCAUCUAAAUUUGAAGAUUAGUUAAGUCUCAAAGAGUAGUUGAUAUUAAAUCAAUGAAGUAAAUGAUGCUCCUUUUAUUUUUUCUUUUGCUUUUUCUUAUUUUAAUAUUAAAUCAAUGAAGCCAUCAUUAUGUUCUUCUUCU